UUUAAAGGAGCAGACGCUCAACCCGGUCACGAUUUUGUUUUUGUGAGACACGGAAACGCGUGCAUGUGUAAACUUUCCUAUAAUGUGAUUGUUUUUGUUCAAUUGCAGGACAAAUAAUAAGUACACAUCACUCCACGAUGCCAACAAGAGGUCAGGUGAUCAGAUGCAAGGCAGCUGUUGCAUGGGAGCCGAAGAAGCCUCUGUCCAUUGAGGAUGUGGACGUGGCCCCACCGAAGGCCCACGAAGUCCGCAUCAAGGUUAUCGCCACAGGCAUGUGCCACACAGAUUGGGAAUACCUGUAUCAGGCUGGGAAAGCCACGAGGCUUCGACCGUUCCCGUUAGUUCUCGGCCACGAAGGCGCGGGGAUAGUGGAGAGCGUCGGCCCCGGAGUCACCAAAUUCUCACCGGGUGACAAAGUCAUUCCUCUUUUCCUGCCCCAGUGUGGGGAAUGCGAGCGAUGUCUGAGCCCUAAAACAAACCAGUGCAGGAAGAACUGGGCGAAUACACAAGUGGGUGUAAUGGCUGAUGGCACGAGCAGGAUAUCUUACAUGGGCCAGCAGGUGUACCAGUGCCUUGGCGUCGGUUCUUUUUCCCAGUACACGGUGGUUUCCGAUAUCUCGCUUGCGAAAAUAAGCCGCGAAGCGCCGCUCGACAAAGUGUGUCUCCUCGGCUGUGGCGUCUCCACCGGUUACGGUGCUGCAGUUAACGCAUGCAAGGUUGAAAAAGGCUCCUCGUGUGCCGUGUUCGGGCUCGGAGCCGUCGGGCUGGCCGCCGUCAUGGGCUGCCGGGCUGCCGAGGCCAAAAGGAUCAUCGCGGUCGACGUCAACCCCGACAAGUUCGAGAAAGCCCAAAUGUUCGGAGCCACUGACUGUGUCAACCCCAAAGAUCACAGCAGGCCCAUCCAGGAGGUUCUGCUGGAGAUGACAGGCGGCGGGGUGGACUACGCUCUGGAGUGCGUCGGGAGUCCGGCUGUCAUGACUGCUGCGCUGGAGUCCACGACCGACGGCUGGGGCACAUGUGUCAUUGCUGGCUGGACGGAGACGGAAACAAUGAGCGUCGUGGUUGAAAAGAUCCUGAUGGGACGCAACUUGAAGGGGACUUAUUUUGGAGAUUGGAAGAGUGUGGAGAGUGUGCCGAAACUGGUGGACGACUACAUGAACAACAAGCUGAAGCUGGAUGAGUUCAUCACCCACAACCUCCCGCUGGACCAAAUCAAUAGGGCCUUUGAGUAUAUGAAGAGUGGGGAAAGCAUUCGUACUGUCAUCAGUCUGUGGUAAGAGGAGGCUUCACCUGCAGUGGCUAUCGUAUAAAUGGAAAAAAAUAACAUUGCAUACAUUGUGGGACAUUUUCUACGCUAUUUUUCUUUAAAGAUGUUGACGCUUGAAAUGUUUUUCUUGCUCGACUUUGUAGCAAAGAGCCCCUCGGCCACUAGAGGGCACACUCAUAUCAUGUAAAAGCUCCUGUGUUUGCAUCCAUGAACCACCGACUAAACUUUAUAAAGGCAUUGCUUUUCUAUCUGCAAA